UAAUAAUGGAUGGGAUUUAUAUAGCGCCUUUCUAGAUACUCAAGGCACUUUACAUCGCAUUAUUCAUUCACUCCUCAGUCACACUCGGUGGUGGUGAGCUACUUCUGUAGCCACAGCUGCCCUGGGGCAGACUGAUGGAAGCGUGGCUGCUAAUUUGCGCCUACGGCCCCUCCGACCACCACCAGUCAUUCACAUACAUUCACACACAGGCAAAGGUGGGUGAAGUGUCUUGCCCACGGACAUGACAGUAUGCACUCCAAGCGGGAUUCGAACCGGCUACCUUCCGGUCGCCAGCCGAACACUUAGCCCAUUGCGCCACCUGUCGUCCCGAAGUCAAUGAAAGUAAGCAUGCAGGAACGGCAGGCAGUGAAGAAAGCAAAUGGCAUGUUGGCCUUUAUAACAAGAGAAGUUGAGUAUAGGAGCAAAGAGGUCCUUCUGCAAUUGUAGAGACCACACCUAGAAUAUUGUGUGCCGUUUUGGUCCCCUAAUUUGAGGAAGGACAUUCUUGCUAUUGAGGGACUGCAGCUGAGGUUUACAAGGUUAAUUCCCUGGAUGGCGGGACUGUCAUAUGCUGAGAGAAUGGAGCGGCUGGGCUUGGAGUUUAUACUCUGGAGUUUAGAAGGAUGAGAGGCGAUCUUAUUGAAACAUAUACAAUUAUUAAGGGUUUGGAUACGCUAGAGGCAGGAAACAUGUUCCCGAUGUUGGGGGAGUUCAGAACCAGGGGCCACAGUUUAAGAAUAAGGGGCAAGCCAUUUAGAACAGAGACGAGGAAACACUUUUUCUCACAGAGAGUUGCAUGUCUGUGGAAUUCUCUGCCUCAGAGGGCAGUGGAGACCCCGGUUCUCUGGAUACUUUCAAGAGAGAGCUAGAUAGGGCACUUAAAGAUAGUGGAGUCAGGGGAUAUGGGGAGAAGGCAGGAACGGGGUACUGAUUGAGGAUAAUCAGCCAUGAUCACACUGAAUGACGGUGUUGGCUCGAAGGGCCGAAUGGCCUACUCCUGCACCUAUUCUCUAUUGUCUAAAGUAAAUUUUCGAGUCAGCGACAUGGAACCACUCAGGGUCUGAAAGGCAUUUUAUAAAAUAAAUUGUCACAAUAGCUUCUAAUGGGGUCCUCUUUAACCAUAAUCCUCAGCGCUCGGAAAGCACUCUUUCACUGUGCAUCGAGCCGGCGUCGGACUGCGGAAAUGACGUCCCUGCACCUCCGGCCUUGGACGCGGGGGCCUCCGGCUGGGCGGCAGGGCGUCAAUGAUGGACGAUUUGGAAAUGGGAAGCACUCUCCCGGACCUGCCGGAGUUGCCCUGUCCUCUGGGAUCUGGACACCUUCGACCUUCGGACGUGGAAGUGGGAAACUGUGACCGCGUUGAGGAGGGAGGGUUCAGAUGCUCUGAGUGCAGCCGUGGAUUCAGCCGGGCGUCCGGGCUGUCGAGGCAUCGGUGCUGCAGUAGCGGUGAGAAGCCCUGGAAGUGCGAGGACUGCGGGAAGUGCUUCAGUUACCCGUCACGGCUGGAGAUGCAUCGGCGCAGCCACACCGGCGAGAGACCGUUUGCCUGCUCGGUGUGCGGCAGGGGCUUUGCCUACUCGUCGCACCUCGCCCGGCACCAGAGGGUGCACACGGCCGACAGGCGGGUCAUCUGCUCCCUGUGUAAGGGGGCCUUCGAAGACCUCUCCAGCCUCCUCGCCCACCAGCGGAUCCAUACCGGGGAGAGCCCCUUCACCUGCUCCCGUUGCGGGACGGGCUUCACCUGCCCGUCCCACCUCCGCCGGCACCAGCGGGCUCACACUGGCGAGCGGCAGUUCACCUGCUCCCUGUGCGGGACGGCGUUUAGCCACCGCUCCAUCCUCCUCCGGCACCAGCGGGCACACGGCGGUGAGCGUCCGUUCACCUGCCCCGAGUGCGGCAAAGGCUUCACCCGCUCGUCCAACUUGCUGGUUCACCGGCGGGUCCACACCCGUGAGCACAUGUUCGUCUGCCCCGACUGCGGGAAGGGCUUUGCCUUAUUGUCCUACCUUCUGGCACAUCGGCAGGAUCACGCCGGAGAGCAGCCCUUCGAAUGCCCAGAGUGCGGCCGGGGCUUCGGCUGCUCCUCCGGCCUCCUGGCACACCGGCGGCUCUACGGCGGCGACAUGCCGUUCAUCUGUGACGUCUGCGGCAAGACGUACGCCAGCACCUGCCACCUCCUCGCCCACCGGCGGCACCACAGUGGCGAGCAGCCCUUCUCGUGCUCUGAGUGUGACGAGGACUUCGGGACCUUGUCCAGUCUCUGGGUUCACCAGCGAGUCCACAAGUAAUUGCUGCACCCGGGGCUAGUAACUGUGCGCCAUCUCGGGGUUUCUGUUUGUGUUAAUAAUCCUCUAACUCUGGGAUGGAGAUCAGUUUUCCAGCUGUAUGGCAAAUAAUUGUGCAACCAUGGACAAUGGUGUAAAGGUAAACAGCAAAGAAGCAAACUCUUCGUCCCAACUCGUUCAUGCCGACCAAGAUGCCCCACCUAAGCCAGUCCCAUAUGCCCACAUUUGGUUCAUAUCCUUCGAAUAGAAACAGGCCCUUUGACCUAACUGGUCCAUGCCAACUGAGAUGCCACACUUAAGCUAGUCGCAUUGCCGCAUUUGGCCCAUAUCCUUUGAAAUACAACAUGGAAACAGGCCCUUCGGCCCAACUAGUCCAUGCCGACUGAGAUGCCCCACCUAGGCUAGUGCCAUUUGCUAGUGUUUAGCCCAUAUGCCUCUAAAUCAUUUCUAUAGUGAUGGUGGUAAAUCUGUGGAAUUCAUUGCGUUGAAUGCCAAGUCAUUGGGUAUUUUCAAAUUGGAGAAUGAUAGGUUCUUGAUUAGUAAGUGUGUCAAAAGUUAUGGGGAGAACGCAGCAGAAUGAGAGGGAAAAAUAGAUCUGCCAUGAUCGAAUGGCGGAGCAGGGAGCAAACUCGAUGGGCCAAAUGGCCUAAAUCUGCUCCUUUGUCUUAUGAUCUUAUCCAUGUAUUAUCCAUGUAUCUUUUAAAUGUUGUUGUUAUACCUGCCUCAACUACCUCUUCUGGCAGCUCGUUCCAUGUACUCACCACCCUCCGAGUAAAAGGUUGCCCCUCAGAUUCCUAUUAAAUCUUUCUCCUCUCACCUUAAUCCUAGGUCCUCUGGCUCUUAAUUCCCCUACCCUGGGUAAAAUAUUAUGUGCAUUUACCCUAUUCAUUUCCUUAUAAUGUUAUGCACCUCUAUAACAUCACCCCUCAUCCACCUUUUAGGGCAGCACAGGGGACAUUAUCUCCAUGGUGCAGAGUUCAGCUUACUUUUGAGAUACAACGUUGAAACGGGCCCAUCAGAGUUCCCGCUGACCAGUGAUCACCUCUGUACAUUAGCACUAUCUUACACACUCUGGACAAUUUGCAAUUUUAACAAAACCAAUUAACCUACAAACCUGUACAUCUUUACAGCGCGGGAGGGAACCCGAGCACCUGGAGAAAACCCAUGCGCUCACAGGGAGAAGGUACAAACUCCGUACAGGCAGCACCCAUAGUCAGGAUCGAACCCGGGUCUCUGGCGCUGUAAAGCAGCAACCCUAUCGCUGUGCCACUGUGUGGCCCCAAGACAUUGGGUCUUUUUAAAGCGGAGAUUGAUUGGUGCUCGAUUAGGAAGAGUGUCAAAGGGGAGGAGGCAGGAGAAUGGGGUUGAGAGGUCAGGUGCUGCAGGGAGGGUGGAGGGAAAUGGAUGACCGUCUGCCCCAACUAUGCCUCUCAUCAUUCAAUCAGGUCUCCCCACAGCCUCCAAAACUCCACAGAAAACAAUGCAGGUUUGUCCAACCUAUCUCCUUGUAGCUAAUACAGGUUCAUCACCGAUUUUCCGGCAUCCUUGGUUCCAGAGCCCUUCUGAAUUAUCCGUUGUGCUUGGCCAACCAAAGCAGGCCAUGGAAAAAUGGAUCAGUUCCGGCAGGGCUGGAGUUCCAGAGCCCCGGCCACAGGGAACAAAUUAAACCCACCAAUCGGCGGCAGAAGUCCCAAAGAGGUCGAAUCAGGCCUACGUUUUCAUGGGGACUUUCUGAGGGUAUUUCAAGGUCAGCUUAUUGUACCAAUUAAGGUGUGAUCUCGUAAUUUUGUCUGAAUUAAAAUAGGUGCAGCUAUAUUUAAAAUAGGUGCAGCUAAUAGAGCUAUAUUUAAGAGGGAGUUAGAUGUGGCCCUUGUGGCUAAGGGGAUCAGGGGGUAUGGAGAGAAGGCAGGUACGGGAUACUGAGUUGGAUGAUCAGCCAUGAUCAUAUUGAAUGGCGGUGCAGGCUCAAAGGGCCGAAUGGCCUACUCCUGCACCUAAUUUCUAUGUUUCUAUGUGCAGACCACCAAAAGGCCGGAAAAUCAGUGGUGGACCUUUACCUUCUCAUGAAGGCAGCACUUGGUGCACCCUCCACACAGCCUCCACAAUCCUCCUGUAAUUAUUAUAUUAAUAAGUAUUAUAUGUUGUAUAUGUGUAUUGUGUUUACAGGCCUGUAAUGCUGCUGCAAGUAAGAAUUUCAUUGUACUGUCGUCUGUAGAUAUCGUAGAUAUCACAAUUAAACACUUCCCUCUUGAAUGUAUAGCACUUAU